AUGACCAAACACCCCUGCCUGUGUUCGAGUACGCAAGAUCCCAAGGGUCGUGCUCUUUUUGUCGGCAUCGGUAAGCACUACAACUCCGUAGACCAUAUAUGGCAACUGAUUGCUGUGGAAGGCUCGCGUCAAGGUAUAAGAUCUGACAUGAGUAAUCGAGUUCCGAAGCAACAGAUAUUUAGCAAUACAUGGGCGUCUUCAUACGCCACAGCCGCUUCCAAGGAGCUGAGAUACAAGUAG